AUGAAGCCGCUGGAAGGUGGAAAUUUGGAAAGAAUCGACAAUAAUUCGAACAGCUUGAAUUCGACGGCCAAUUCAACGGAUGUACUUAUCGAACUUUUCCAAACGUUCAACACCGACACCCAUGAUCUGGAGAAUAGCUUGCUCACCAUCAUCUACAGUUUAUUUGCGUUUUUCGGGUUGCUCGCCAACCUGCUGUUUUGCCUCGUGAUCUGGCGAAACGAGAAGCUGCACACUGUCACCCAUGUGCUGAUGACAAAUUUGGCGUUGUCAAAUCUGUUAUUCCUAAUUUUCCACCCGUCCUACAUCAUUACGACGUAUCUGUUGCAGCGCAGCUGGGUUUUUGGUACAUUCGUGUGUAAGACAUCAUUUUCCAUCGCCUAUGUGACCUCGACAGCCUCGUUCUACUUCAUGAGCCUGGUGGCGAUCGAUCGGUGGUUGGCGAUAUUUCGACGGAAGUAUCGCUUGACGCGCUCCAACAGUAUCUGUCUCGUCGGGAUGGCGUGGGCCGUAUCGUUCGUCGUCGCCGCACCGUAUAUGAUUAGUGCAAGGGUGAAAGACUUCUACACGUUUGACAACAUCGUCAAGGAGCACAGCCUCUCCCGAGCGCUUGGGCAACCAAUCGCCCCCGAAGUCAUCGCAAACGAAAUCACAGCAAAAGCCGUCGAUAUGAUGAAAAAUUAUGAAGAUCUUUUGGUCAACUUCCCCGAGAAUAUCACCUUCGACGUGGUCGGCAACUCUGAUGAUGGCCCGAGGGAUGAGGGCUUGGAUUUUAACGCCAACACGACCUGGUAUAGGUGUACGUCGAACACGGCGAGCAAUACUGUAUUGAUUUGGACUGUAAUCCUACAGUAUGUGCUGCCGUUAUUGAUCAUGAUCCCCACUUAUGGACACCUCGCCCACUUUGUCUGGAAGCGAGCACCAGUAGGCGUUCAAUCACGCGAAAAACGAGAACGAGCUCAUCGUCGGCGAAGAAAAUUACUUGUCACUCUCCUAUCCAUUGUCUUGUUUUUGAUCGUUUGCUGGUUACCCCUCUUCUUCGUCAACAUUUUGAUGAGCUGGAAGCUGAUCCGGGUGGAGAUCUACACGAGGGCGUAUAUCUACUGCUCUAUCGUGACGUUGGCUGGGGUGGUGAUCACGCCGAUUUUCUACUUGAUCAACGAUGGGUGCAGGGAACAAGUAACACGGUUAUUCUGCUGCCGAACAGUGCCUGCAUCGGAACGAGAACGUCAAGCGUUGAUGACAACAAAUCCUUAUCCAGAACGGUCGUGCGAGGUUGCCGCGUGGUUUCGCGAGACUGGAACGACGAAUGUGCUCGUCUCCGUAUCCGCCUGCCAACUCCAUACCCCGCGAGAGUCUAUGAGUGUGGCGACUACAUUUGGAGUGUCGUUGAGCCAC